CGGUCCCACUCUGCAGACUCAGUGCCUUAUUCAGUCUUCUCUCUCGCUCUCUCCGCUGCUGUAGCCGGACCAUUUGCCUUCGCCACUGCUCAGCGUCUGCACAUCCCUACAAUGGCUAAAACAGCAAUGGCCUACAAGGAAAAAAUGAAGGAGCUGUCCAUGCUGUCACUGAUCUGCUCUUGCUUUUACCCGGAACCUCGCAACAUCAACAUCUAUACUUACGAUGAUAUGGAAGUGAAGCAAAUCAACAAACGUGCCUCUGGCCAGGCUUUUGAGCUGAUCUUGAAGCCACCAUCUCCCAUCUCAGAAGCCCCACGAACUUUAGCUUCUCCAAAGAAGAAAGACCUGUCUCUGGAGGAGAUCCAGAAGAAACUGGAGGCUGCAGAGGAAAGAAGAAAGUCUCAGGAGGCCCAGGUGCUGAAACAAUUGGCAGAGAAGAGGGAACACGAGCGAGAAGUCCUUCAGAAGGCUUUGGAGGAGAACAACAACUUCAGCAAGAUGGCGGAGGAAAAACUGAUCCUGAAAAUGGAACAAAUUAAGGAAAACCGUGAGGCUAAUCUAGCUGCUAUUAUUGAACGUCUGCAGGAAAAGGAGAGGCAUGCUGCGGAGGUGCGCAGGAACAAGGAACUCCAGGUUGAACUGUCUGGCUGAAGCAAGGGAGGGUCUGGCACGCCCCACAAUAUUAAAUCCCCCUGCCUAUAUUAUAAUGGAUCAUGCGAUAUCAGGAUGGGGAAUGUAUGACAUGGUUUAAAAAGAACUCAUUAUAAAAAAAAAAAAAAAAAACAGAAUCAAAAAUUUAAAAAAAUCAAUGCGGUCUCUUUGCAGAAUGUUUUGCUUGAUGUUUAAAAAAUACCUUGGAUCUUAUUUUGUAAAUACUUACAUUUUUGUUAAAAAAUACAAGUAUUGCAUUAUGCAAGUUAUUUCAUAAUCUUACAUGUCCUGUAACAGGCUUUUGAUGUUGUGUCUUUCCACUCAAAUGAAUUUGCUAGGUCUGUUCUUUUUGAAGCUCCCCAUGUCUAACUCCAUUCCAAAAGAAAAAUGAGGUCAGUAGACAGUCUAUGGUGCUAGAAACCCACCAUUGCCUAAUGACCUAGAAGGCUUUGUUAUCUCUGAGCUUGACUAAGACCAUACCUAGAUCACAGGUAUUAUGACUCCACAUGAACCUUCACAUUUGUUCGCUCAUAAUCUACUUACUGCCUAAAAACUACAAAACCAGGCUAAGAAAUACCACCAGUUAGAGCAUUUACUUCUGCUUCUCCUGGAUUAUGUGCUACAAAUGUGCUUUGACUUUAGAAAGGGAUGGAUGAGAAGACAGAUCUGAGACCAAUCUGGGUAGAAGCAAAACGUUGAACCUUUAGUGCUGAACACAAAUCCAAAUUCGAAUGGUUCAAGCAGCCGUGAAAUCGCUCUUCAUAAAGUGGGCUUAAUUCUCUAGUUUAAGUUCUUUUGAUGGAAUGAAUUAAUUAAUGUGUCAGGUGGCUUAUUUGUGGAUGCCAUGAUUGAUGAUGUUCAUUUUAAGCUCUUACCUAUAGUACAAGUACAUGAUGCUACUGAAUAUUUUUCCACUUGGAAACUGUGAGCUGGUUGUUGCAUUAAAACACAUAUACAAACAAAAUCAAAAACACUGCGGACUUCCACUCAAGCUGGUCUUUCUUCCCCAGUGUAAGGCAAUCCUGCCUACUAACAACACCAACAACAAAACACUCCAUCUAUGAAGCUGAUGCAGUUAAGGGGGCUAGGCAGGGCAUUUGUGCCAACUAAGAAUCACCAGAUACCCAACAUAAGUACCUAUCGCAGUUUUGAAGUCAUUUCUCCCCAACUCCCAACUCCUGAAGGUUGCUGCCUGCAUAUUUACUCUUCAUUAGUGCUAUUUUCCUGUAUGUCAUUGUGAGCAAGCUGUGAUUAAUAAAGAAUUGGAGUUCUGUGAACUAA